AUGCUGCUGAGGGUGUGCAGGACGCAAGGCACAGGCACCGGAGAGGCAGAGACCGCUGCUGACGUGGUGAAGGCAGAGCGGGAGGAGGACAGCAUUCUGCAGGUGGGAUAUUGCGAUGGGAUGAGGCUGGGGAAGCAGCUGCAGUCGGUGUGCGGGGUGACCCGCCAGGAGUGGGGAGGAGGCCGGCAAGGGUAUGGUGAAGAGAUAGCCUGCACUCAGAAUGGCCAGAUGUACUUAAACAGGGACAUCUGGAAGCCCGCCCCCUGCCAGAUCUGCGUCUGCGACAAUGGGGCCAUUCUCUGCGACAAGAUCCAGUGCCAGGAGGUGCUGGAGUGUGCCGACCCCAUCACGCCCGCUGGGGAGUGCUGCCCCGUCUGCCCACACACCUCCGGAGGGGGCGGCACCCACUUCGGUAGAGGAAGAAAGGGAGAGAAAGGAGAGCCAGGAUCAGUGCCUGUUGUGACCGGCAUCCGUGGUCGGCCCGGACCCUCGGGCCCUCCAGGAUCGCAGGGACCAAGAGGAGACAGAGGCCCCAAAGGAAAGCCUGGUCCCCGUGGUCCGCAGGGAAUUGAUGGGGAGCCAGGUGUUCCUGGCCAGCCAGGGCCCCCGGGGCCUCCCGGACACCCCUCCCACCCGGGACCCGACGGCAUAAGCAGGCCGUUUUCAGCGCAGAUGGCCGGGCUGGACGACAAAGCCGGACUCGGCAGUCAGAUGGGGCUGAUGCCGGGCUCAGUGGGUCCUGUUGGCCCCAGGGGACCUCAAGGUUUACAAGGGCAGCAAGGCGGUGUUGGCCCUGCAGGACCUCCUGGGGAGCCUGGGGAGCCCGGACCGAUGGGUCCGAUUGGUGCUCGCGGACCAGAGGGCCCUCCUGGGAAACCCGGUGAAGAUGGCGAACCCGGGAGAAAUGGGAGUCCUGGUGAGGUGGGCUUCUCGGGGUCUCCGGGAGCCAGAGGAUUUCCCGGGGCGCCUGGGCUGCCGGGCCUGAAGGGGCACCGCGGACAUAAAGGUCUUGAAGGCCCUAAAGGUGAAGUUGGAGCAACCGGUUCCAAGGGUGAAGCGGGUCCUACUGGCCCAAUGGGUGCCAUGGGUCCUAUGGGUCCCAGGGGAAUGCCGGGAGAGAGAGGCAGGCUUGGGCCGCAGGGUGCUCCGGGACAACGAGGUGCACAUGGUAUGCCAGGAAAACCCGGGCCGAUGGGUCCUCUCGGGAUACCUGGCUCUUCUGGUUUUCCAGGAAAUCCUGGGAUGAAGGGAGAAGCAGGUCCCACCGGGGCCCGAGGCCCUGAAGGCCCGCAGGGGCAGAGAGGCGAGACGGGGCCGCCGGGGCCUGUGGGCUCACAGGGCCUCCCGGGCGCAGUGGGGACGGACGGUACUCCUGGCGCCAAAGGCCCGACGGGUUCUGCAGGCCCCUCUGGGCCUCCUGGACUGGCAGGGCCCCCCGGAUCCCAAGGACCUCAGGGCAGCACUGGGCUUCCAGGAAUUCGAGGCCAACCGGGCGACCCAGGAGUCCCAGGCUUCAAAGGAGAAGCUGGCCCCAAAGGCGAACCGGGGCCCCAUGGCAUUCAGGGUCCCAUCGGCCCCCCUGGUGAAGAAGGCAAAAGAGGUCCCCGCGGCGACCCCGGCGCAGUCGGUCCUCAAGGGCCGGUGGGAGAAAGGGGUGCUCCUGGCAACCGCGGUUUCCCGGGCUCUGACGGCUUACCUGGACCCAAGGGGGCGCAAGGAGAGAGGGGGCCUGUCGGCUCGUCAGGACCUAAAGGAGGGCAGGGGGACCCAGGGCGCCCCGGGGAACCAGGACUGCCGGGCGCUCGGGGUCUGACAGGCAAUCCUGGGGUUCAAGGUCCUGAAGGAAAACUAGGGCCUUUGGGCGCUCCGGGGGAGGAUGGCCGCCCCGGGCCCCCCGGCUCCAUAGGAAUCAGGGGGCAGCCUGGGACCAUGGGGCUCCCCGGCCCCAAGGGCAGCAGUGGUGAUCCUGGCAAACCUGGGGAAGCAGGAAAUGCUGGUGUCCCUGGACAGAGGGGAGCUCCUGGGAAAGACGGCGAAGUCGGCCCUUCUGGGCCCGUGGGCCCCCCGGGCCUCGCUGGGGAGAGAGGCGAGCAGGGCCCCCCUGGCCCCACCGGCUUUCAGGGGCUUCCAGGCCCCCCAGGGCCCCCCGGGGAAGGUGGAAAGCCAGGAGAUCAGGGAGUUCCUGGCGAUCCGGGGGCCGUGGGCCCACUGGGACCUCGAGGAGAGCGAGGAAACCCGGGGGAGCGAGGAGAACCGGGAAUCACCGGGCUGCCCGGCGAGAAGGGGAUGGCCGGCGGGCACGGCCCCGAUGGCCCGAAGGGCAGCCCAGGACCAGCUGGCACCCCCGGGGACACGGGCCCGCCAGGCCUUCAGGGCAUGCCCGGGGAGCGAGGGAUUGCAGGCACGCCUGGCCCCAAGGGCGACAGGGGCGGCCUAGGAGAGAAAGGCGCUGAAGGCACAGCUGGGAACGAUGGAGCAAGAGGUCUGCCAGGCCCCCUGGGCCCCCCGGGUCCUGCAGGUCCCACUGGAGAAAAGGGUGAACCUGGCCCUCGAGGUUUAGUCGGCCCUCCUGGCUCGCGUGGCAAUCCUGGUUCGCGUGGUGAAAAUGGCCCCAUUGGUGCUGUUGGUUUUGCUGGCCCCCAGGGUCCCGAUGGGCAGCCGGGCGUGAAGGGGGAGCCCGGAGAGCCAGGACAGAAGGGAGACGCCGGCUCCCCGGGGCCACAGGGCCUGGCAGGAUCUCCAGGCCCCCACGGUCCGAAUGGGGUCCCCGGACUCAAAGGCGGGCGAGGAACACAGGGCCCACCGGGCGCUACGGGAUUUCCUGGUUCUGCCGGCAGAGUUGGACCCCCAGGCCCUGUGGGAGCUCCAGGGCCGGCAGGGCCCCUCGGGGAGCCCGGGAAGGAGGGGCCCCCGGGUCUUCGCGGGGACCCCGGCUCUCACGGGCGAGUGGGAGAUCGUGGACCAGCCGGCCCCCCCGGGGGCCCAGGAGACAAAGGGGACCCCGGAGAAGACGGGCAGCCUGGUCCGGACGGCCCGGGCCCAGGCACACCAGGAAAAGUGGGCGCGACGGGUGCCACUGGAGACAAAGGGCCCCCCGGGCCCGUGGGCCCCCCAGGCUCGAACGGCCCUGUCGGGGAGCCGGGACCUGAGGGCCCGGCGGGCAACGACGGCACUCCAGGCCGGGACGGCGCUGUUGGAGAGCGGGGUGACCGUGGAGACCCUGGACCUGCGGGUCUGCCGGGCUCUCAGGGUGCCCCGGGCACUCCCGGCCCCGUUGGCGCCCCUGGAGACGCAGGACAGAGAGGAGACCCGGGUUCCCGGGGUCCCAUAGGGCCACCUGGUCGAGCUGGGAAGCGUGGCUUACCUGGACCCCAAGGGCCUCGCGGUGACAAAGGCGAUCACGGGGACCGCGGCGACCGGGGCCAGAAGGGCCACCGGGGGUUCACCGGUCUUCAGGGACUUCCCGGGCCUCCUGGUCCAAAUGGUGAGCAAGGCAGUGCUGGGAUCCCUGGACCAUUUGGCCCAAGAGGUCCCCCGGGCCCAGUGGGCCCCUCAGGGAAGGAAGGAAACCCCGGGCCCCUGGGCCCCAUCGGGCCUCCUGGAGUGCGGGGCAGCGUCGGGGAGGCGGGGCCCGAGGGUCCUCCGGGCGAGCCUGGCCCGCCUGGCCCUCCGGGUCCCCCGGGCCACCUCACGGCCGCCCUUGGGGACAUCCUGGGGCACUACGAUGAGAACAUGCCAGACCCCCUCCCCGAGUUCACGGAGGACGAGGCGGCUCCUGACGACAAGAACAAGACGGACCCCGGCGUCCACGCCACCCUCAAGUCCCUCAGCAGCCAGAUCGAGACCAUGCGCAGCCCCGACGGCUCUAAGAAGCACCCGGCCCGCACGUGUGAGGACCUGAAGCUCUGCCACUCCGCCAAGCACAGCGGCGAAUACUGGAUUGACCCUAACCAGGGGUCCGUGGAAGACGCCAUCAAAGUUUUCUGCAACAUGGAGACGGGAGAGACGUGUAUCUCAGCCAACCCGUCGAGCAUCCCCCGGAAAACCUGGUGGACCAGCAAGUCGCCCGACCACAAGCCCGUCUGGUACGGCCUCGACAUGAACAGAGGAGCUCAGUUUGCUUAUGGAGACCACCAGUCGCCUAGCGCAGCCAUCACCCAGAUGACCUUCCUGCGCCUCUUAUCGAAAGAAGCGUCGCAGAACAUCACCUACGUCUGCAAGAACAGCGUCGGCUACAUGGACGACCAAGCGCAGAACCUCAAGAAGGCCGUGGUCCUUAAAGGGUCAAACGACUUGGACAUCAGAGCGGAAGGGAACGUCAGGUUCAGAUACAUCGUCCUUCAGGACACGUGCUCUAAACGGAAUGGGAAUGUGGGCAAGACCGUCUUUGAAUACAGAACCCAGAACGUGGCGCGCUUGCCCAUCAUAGACCUGGCCCCCGUGGAUGUCGGCGGCACAGACCAAGAAUUCGGCGUCGAGAUCGGGCCAGUUUGCUUUGUGUGAAGCAGCCAUGGUCCGUCGACAGCGAGCAACACCCUCACCACCCAUGGCCCCACCGGUCGCGAGAACCUUGCCUGCGUGAAGCUGAUCCUGAGACUCUUGAAGUAGUGGCUGGCUCCGGUCAGCGUUGUACAUAUGGUCUUACGUGCCUGGCCUUAGCCUUCAGAAUAUUUAUUUUACUUACAGUCCUCAAGUGUCCAUUGAGUUAAAGGAUUUUUCAAUACAGAAGUUUAGGUGUAAGAUGACCAAUGACAAUGACCACCUUUAAGAAAAAGUAAACAGAUUGAAUACA